AUGUCGUCUCGUUUCAUUUCUCAGCGCUCAAAGAAAAUAGUCACAGGAUCAAGAAUAUCUACCCCAGAUACUCGUUCAAUUGCAGUACCGCAGUAUCUGCACCAAGUAUCCAAUACCCAACCACACCAAAUUGCACCGCCCCUCGUCGUCGCCAGACGGCGCCACGCGUUCGAACCCCAAGAAACGCUGGCACCCCGUAAUCUUCACUCGGGACGUGGAAUCAUCAAGCGCAAAAGGCAAACUGGAUAUCAAGCUUUGACCUUUAACUUACAUGAGGAAUAUCUCCAGCACAUGCUCCCAAAACAUGUAAGACGGCAAGCUGCAAACAAACUAACUAUACAUGAGAUAGAUACUGCUGGAAACCAACAUUAUAUUGAAUCAUGCAUUUGGUUCAAAUCAAGUGAAGAUUGUGCGAGGGGAAACAUCUCUCCCGUCGACAACACACCUACACCCAACAACCGCACAAGCCCCAAACCAUCCAUCAUCAUAACGUUGUAG